UCAUGGACAAAGACAAGUGUGGCGACAAUCGUGCCCAGUGCUCCUGGAUGGAGAUGCAUCAGUUCAUUGGUGACCUUAUCACAUCUGGAAACGCCUUAAAGGAUCAGCCAGAUGUGCUGAACGGGGCAUGGGGCGUAGCUGGUGGUGGUGAGGCUCUGCGGUUCAAAGGGGCUUCACUUGAACCUCGACCUGCCCGGGACAAGACUGAGGCAGAGGCAGGCCGACGGGUGCAGCCCGGGGCUUCACACAGGAAGGGAGAGGCUAGAGACAGGAGAGAAGAUGUGCAUAAUGCCUGCACCUGCCCUGGCUGCCCUUACUCCACUUCUUCAAAUUCCUUCGAGACUUUAAAACCCAGACAGCCUUUGUCCUUGCCCCCACGUUUGGAUGCAGUAUGCCACCCCAGAGACCUUAGCAGUACUGCUCCAUUAGGUCUCAGCGUGUGCUUACCGGACACCACUGAACCAAGCAGCACCACAUCUGAGCUGGAGAACAGGGGGUCCAGCCGACCACAGAGGGAGGACACAGACAGAGGGACUCAGAAACCAGACCAGACUCCCACUCCCAGAGCGUCCUCUGGCUCUUUGUCCCACCUCUCCAUGUUUCCCUGCCUGUGUUGCCAUCGCAGCCUACAAGCCUGCACCCAGCUACUGAGCCACCAGGAAGGCCCAGACUCCCCGUUUUCUCACACCCAUCAUUUUCAUCACCACCGCUGUCCCAUAGCGUCUUGUUUGUCCUGCCCUCAGCUUGCCCGCUCUCACGCUCCACAGCUCUCUGGACCUUUUCCCUGCAUGCCUUGCCAGCGCUCCUUUCCUACCUGUACCCAGGUCUGCCACCACCAGCACGGACAAACACCCCCUCAGCAACAAGAGGAAAGCAGUAGGGCAUCUACUACCAUGCUGUCGCUCCAUCCCUGUAUGCACUGCUCGGCCUCUUUUUCCAGACCGUCCCAGUUGCUGCAGCAUCAGCGCUCUGAGCACGCUCACAAACCAUCCGGCUUCCUCUGCACAGAGUGCGGCAGGGCAUUCAACUCGCACAGCAAUCUCCGCAUCCACCUCAAUGUGCACAGUGGUGCCCGGCCCUACUCGUGCUCUGACUGCGGGAAGAGAUUUAGCCAAUCGGGGGCUCUGAAGAUCCACAGGCGGAUUCACACAGGUGAAAGGCCAUAUUCAUGUGGAUUUUGCGGCAGGGGGUUCCCCCACCUGGCAGGGGUCCGGGCCCAUCAGAGGACUCACACAGGAGAGAAGCCCUACUGCUGUAGUCAGUGUGGCAAAUGUUUCACCCAGUCAGGAGCUCUUAAGAUCCAUAUGCACAUCCACACAGGGGAGAGGCCCUUCAUCUGCAGGUUCUGUGAGAAGGGCUUUUCCAACCGCUCCGGGAUCCGCUUCCACUACCGGACAGUCCACGGGAUCGCCCCUGAUCAUGGAGAAGCUGGAGCUGGGGACGUAUAUCGGGGACCAGCAGGCCGUGGUUAUUCACCUGGGCGUCCCAGGACUUAUCCUCCAGCCAGCGUUGGGCUAAACACACCCAACAAUACAGAGAGUGAUUUGCACACAGCUCCAAAUUCCAGAGAGGGUUCUGUGUCGAUCACUGCUCAUCUCAAAUCUCAGUCAGAGGGAGCAAGCCCAGGCAGCAACAGAGAGGGGCUUCUGUAUGCAUGCGAAGACUGUGGCCUGCGUUUUAAGGACGCUCCGUCCCGGAACAGACAUCAGACUCUGAUGCACUACUCCUAUGAGGGAAGAGAGGAGGAGGGGGGGCAGGGCAAAGAGUCGGGGACCAACAAGGGGGCUCGCGAUAACAACGCAGUUUGAAUUCAUGUUGUUCAUUAACAACAUCAAAACAGCGGAGUAAAUUGUGUUUAAAAACCAGUGUUGAAAUAAUGUGUGUGAUAUAUUCUGUAGUUAGGUAUUGGUCUUUUCUAUUUGACAUAGCACUCAACUUUUUGAGCCAUUAUAUUAUGUAGACUUAAAUGACAAUGACAAAUUGGUAAGAAGAGAUAGUGUGUGUUAUAAUCAUUAACUUAAUCAUCGCAGUUUUCACAACCGUUUAUUUUUUAUUUUUGAUUUGAUAGAAGUUUAUACUUAGGAUUGAUUGACAUUUUUCUA